UCUGUGAACCGUCGGUAACCGGCGGGCAGCAGAGCUGCAGCGGCGGCCACGGCCUGGCGCCCCGACGGGAGGGGCUCCGGAUCGCUGGGAGGCGGCCGAACCCCUGCGGCGCCGCCGCCGCCGGCGGAGGCCCCAUGAGUCGGGGGACGAUGCUUCAGCCCGGAGCGUGGCCGGGGGAGAGCUGUGCCGAGAAGCCGGAGCGGGAGGCGGGGGCCGCGGCGCUUGAGGGCGAGAAAGCGGUGGCCGGGGGCCAGCCGCGAGUCGCGGUGCGGUGCCCGGCCGAGCAGCCUCUCACUGUUGCGGCCUCUCCCGUUGUGGAGCACAGGCUCCGGACGCGCAGGCUCAGCGGCCAUGGCUCACGGGCCCAGCCGCUCCGCGGCAUGUGGGAUCUUCCUGGACCGGGGCACGAACCCGUGUCCCCUGCAUCGGCAGGCGGACUUUCAACUACUGCGCCACCAGGGAAGCCCAAGACUCCUACUUUUCUUUACUACUUUUCUAGUGAUGGCGAGGAGGACAUGUAUCGUGCGGCGGAUGAAAUAGAAAAGGAGAAAGAAUUACUUAUACAUGAAAGAGGGUCAUCAGAGCCCAGAUUAAGUGUAGCUCCUGAAAUGGAUAUCAUGGACUAUUGCAAAAAAGAAUGGAGGGGAAAUACGCAAAAAGCAACAUGUAUGAAAAAGGGCUACGAGGAGGUGUCUCAGAAAUUCACCUCCAUCAGGCGAGUCCGUGGAGAUAAUUACUGUGCGCUGAGGGCCACGCUCUUCCAGGCCAUGAGCCAGCCGGCCGCGCUGCCCUCCUGGCUGCAGGACCCGGAGCUCACGCUGUUACCAGAAAAACUCAUAAGCAAAUACAGCUGGAUCAAGCAGUGGAAGCUUGGACUGAAGUUUGAGGGGAAGAGCGAGGCCCUGGUUGAUAAAAUUAAGGAGUCCCUCACUUUACUGAGGAAGAAGUGGACAGACUUGGCUGAACUGAGAACUGCCGAAGCGAGGCAGAUAGCUUGUGAUGAACUGUUCACGAAUGAAGAAGAGGAGUACAGCCUCUAUGAAGCUGUGAAAUUUCUCAUGCUAAACAGAGCCAUCGAACUAUAUGAUGAUAAAGAGAAGGGAAGGGAAGUGCCGUUCUUCUCUGUGCUUCUGUUUGCUCGGGACACGUCAGGUGACCCCGGACAGCUGCUGAGGAACCAUCUGAACCAGGUGGGGCACGCCGGUGGCCUUGAACAGGUUGAAAUGUUCCUUCUCGCCUACGCUGUGCGCCACACCAUUCAGGUGUACCGGCUCUCCAAGUACAGCACUGAAGAGUUCAUCACCGUCUAUCCCACCGACCCCCCCAGGGACUGGCCGGUGGUGACGCUGAUCGCCGAAGAUGACCGGCACUACAACAUCCCCGUCAGAGUGUGUGAGGAGACGAGUCUGUGAGACACUCCUGGACAGCCUGGUGACGCGGCUCGGUCCUUGGGACUGCAGGUCCCUUGGAGUGACCUCUGAGGACUCUUGGGCCUUGUGAGCCAAGCUGGACUGGAAUGUUCUGAAGACUAGCUUUUGAUAAUCAGAAUUAAUCAAGUUUUUCCCCUCACCUAUGAUGCACUGUGUUUCACUGGGGGCCUUCAGAGCACACCUGUUGAAAGGUGCAGACUACAUCUCCAUAAACAAACACAUUUGUAUCAGAGGAGACUUAUUCUGGAGAGGAAUAUGUUCAGAGCUCUCUCUAAUAGUAAACUGGCUUUCCGUUUUUUUUUAAAGAUGGUAAUUUUUUUGUUUUGGUGAUGAUGGGUCUCUGCAGUGCCCUUCCUGUGCACCUACGCGGUCUGCUUAUAUGGUAGAGUUCUGGGACAAAGCUUGUCAGCGGCCCAGCCGUAACAUCCUCUGAUAGUCUCAUCGAGCAGUGGUUUGGAUUUACAUGUUAAUUAAAGCUGUUCUAAGCAGAUUGUCUAAUGGAAGGUUAAGAACUGGGUCCCCAAUAGUGAGUUAUUUAAAGGCUGGAGAGGGAGCUGCAGGAAGAGGCAGUGGCAGCAGGACGUCCUGACUCUGAAGAACGUGACAAACGCCUGCGGUUGGGAACACACCAGGUCUCGUGCUGGGUGCAGGCGCUGGGUGCAGGCGCUGGGUAGUUGGCGGGUGAGCGCAGCUCGUUGCUCUCUAGGAUCGGGGCUGCUCCUUAGUCUCCACUUCCAUGGAUCCACCAUUUUAUAGUCAGAACAAGGCUUAGAUCCACCUGUUUUAGAGGAGACCAAGGCCAAGUGAUUAUUUUUUUGGAGAAUGCUUCCGUUGCCAAAUCUGUGUGGCUCCUCUGUUGGAUGAAUAACAGCAAAGCGUCUCAGGCUUUUUCUGGGUAAGUUUAAACAGAGCGUGUGCUUAAAACUGACUGCAGCAGCGUGGCCGAGCUGCAUCUGCCCUUGAUUUGGCUAUGCCCUGGGGAGGCGGUGUUCUGGCCAUGAGUGAUUGCAUGUCACAGGCUAGGGUGGUGCCUGGGGGCUGGACAGGGCAGCCCAGCUGAGCGUGGUCUGCAUCAGGGCCCGAACCAUCCACGUGGGGCGUGUACUGUGGCCACGGCGCAAGGGACGGGACGUGUCACUCUUUAGGACUGUCAGUGGCAUCUGAAUUGGCUCAGUAUUUGUGGACGUGGUGUUACCCUGAAGCACUGAGCUUUAUUUUAUAGUAAGGAAGAUCUUUAUUUGGUCCAAUUUAAGCUUAUAGUUUAUAAGCUAUCUAAUCCAUUGUUGUUUUUUUCUCAGAGGGGCAAACCUUUUGUGAUAGUGUUAGUUUUGCUUUCACUUAAAAAUUAAAAUUCUUGGUUGAGAAAACUCAGAGGACACAUAAAACUAUGCAGACGGUUACAUCAAUAUUGAUAUUUUCCCCAUUACCUCAUCAAUAGUAUUCACCACGUUUCGGUAGCUACUUAUUCAUUGGAGCGUUUGAAUUAAAUUCUGCUCUAAAUGGUGUGAAUGUGUUGAGAGGCUUUGCUUUUCACUGUGAAAUGCAGUGGUGCCUCAAAUAAGGAGGCACCUAGAAGCCAAGUGAAAGUAAAACUGACGAAUUCUUGUUGGCUUUGAUGCUUCAUUUUAUGGAACUCAUUUUUCAUGUAACUUACAACAGGAAAUGCUUACCGUUCAUUCCUGAACAUUUUUAAAAGCACAACUUCAAACACUUAGGUUGUAUAAGGCAGUAGGAGUCUGUGUCCAUCUAACCGUUGGUGCAUAGCCGCUGCUGGAUUUAAUAAUACUCAUGAUCACCUGUCUUUGCGUUUUGAGAAUGUUCUAAUCUUAGUGAACUUGAGUUGAGCUGGGCUUCUGGGCAGCUUGUUUAUGUUUCAUACUUUUUUCUUGUUCCUGUGUGUGAUAUUGUUAGAGUGUGUGCAGAAAUUGUGGUCUUAACCACCCCACUGAUAAAAAUUCACAAGGGUGCGUUUAAGUUGCUCUCUGUCCCAAGGCCUUAUUACACUCUGCUCUCAGACUGCCAUCCAGGCUUAGAGGGAUCACAGCAUAAGAGAAGUAAAACUUUCAAAGAAACAGUACUUCAGGAAAUAUAGAUGAUUGGCCAACUUUAAAAAUGUUUCUUUUUGUUGCAACAUGCAACUACAGUCGCCCCAAGUUUUAAUUCCAUUUUUCAUUCCUGGUCUUGGCCUGGUCAGGUGACAUCAGCAGAAUUGAAAUUGAACUGAGACCAAAAUGGAUUCAGGAGGAUGAUCUACUCAGAGGGAAUUUCUAAAAUGAUAGUGUUCCAGAAAAAGGAAGGUAGUAGGAAUGACACUGUGCUUACUUUCUGUCCCAGAGUUUAUUGCAGGAGUUCAGUGGUUUGGACCCUAUGGUCUUGGCAGAAGGAUAAUGUCUACCUUAAACAGGCGUGACUUAAACCUUUGAGCUCAUUUAAGGUGCAUUAAACCUAAAAGAAUUUCCCUGUAACAAGUUCCAUGGAAUUAACUCUGCUCACUGAGAACUUUUCCCACUUCCCCUCCUCACCUGCUAAGCUCCUACAUUUACAGCAUCCAUUGAUUUCACUCAUAACACAUGGAACAGUGAGGGUGGCAGCUGAGAACAAGCUGCCAAUGUGUGCUCUUUCACUUAUGAGCUCAGCGUC